AUGAGUGUCCUCCUUAACAUCCUCAAAUGGGUUUUCAUCACAUAUCUAGUCACUUCUUACAAAUCCAUCCCUGGUGCAUACUUUAUCAGAUUUUACUACCAUGCCUUCCGUCUCUUAUUACUUCCUUCAUUACAAGGCAAGAAAACUACUACACAAAUUGAAAGAUUGCAAAAGGAUCCAUUAGGUUGUUUCGCAUUGAGUAGAUUACGUACUUACGUUUCCCCACUCGAAUGUGAUUUCUACUUCCACAAGAAUAAUUGUACUUACUUCACUGAUUUGGAUAUCUCGAGGUCCAAAUUAAUGUGUGCCAUUUUCCAAAAAUUAUUCUUGAAUUCCAAGAGGUAUCCAUUCGUGCCUGUGGCGAAUGUCUUCACUAAUUUCUUGAAAGAAUUGAAACCAAUGGCAAAGUAUAACGUUGUGACUUCCGUGUUGUGUUGGGAUGAGAAAUGGCUUUACGUUAUUAGUAGGUUCACACAGGGUAAGAAGGAUGAUCUGCUUUGUUCAUUGUCUUUGACUAAGUAUGUGUUGAAAGAUGGUAGAAAGACUAUUAAACCUAGAGAUGCUUUGGAAAUUUGUGGAUUGUAUAAUUUGCAAGUGGAGGAGAUUUCUGCAAAAAAUCUUAAGAUUUUGACUGAAGAAUGUGGGUUCCAUGAAACUAGACCUUUGGAGAAUUUGGAAUUUCCAUAUAUGGAAUUGAAUGACUGA